AUGGACACGCCACCACCGACGCCAGCCUCACUCACGCCGCCGUCAAGAGAAACAACGCCUCCAGUCGCCGCGCCCGUCGAGGCCGCACCACCGGACAAGGCAACAUCGCCCCCAAGGCCCGAAGAUGCACUCAAAGAGCCACCUCGAACACUCACCGACCCGCCACCCACGCUGCUGGUCGUGCCAGCUCCGGCCACAAUCUCGACCUUCCCGCCGUUAGCACUGCGACGAACACCGCUAGACAAACUCACCACGCCGUCCUCGCCAGACGACACGGUCACAGAGCCUCCGCGUGCACUCGAGCCGCCGCCACGACCACAGACCCACUCGAUCCACUUCCGCUGA